UGGGUAUCCUGGAAAGAUGCAAGCUUGUCAUGCUCUUCGUCAGUCACACAAAAAUCUGUCAUGCGUGAGCAGCAAAACCAAAAAUAGCUUGAAUUUCUGGCCACACUGAGAGAUGAUUUCUCAUGCUGAGUAAGGCAUUGCAAAGCUCCCGCAAAUAUAAUACAAAUCUGUGAUGUUACGCUCUGCAUUGCAGAUGUUCUCGGCCAUGCAAAACCUGGAUGAGAAACACUGCUUCUGCGCUCUACCGGACGACCCAGACAUAUUUGCAGUGGAUGAACCGAGCUCCUCGUUCACGUCUGCAAGUAGCGCAGGAGACUCGUUCUUGUCGGCUGCUUCCGAUCUUGGCGGCGGCGAGCCCUUCCCUCACGUCGAUUUGCCCGCCGCCCCGCCCAGGAGUAUUUAUUCAGAUGAAAAAUCCCCCCUCCGCCCCCUCCUCAAAAUGGAACCUACUUGUGAUGCCGACUCAUUUGUCGCCGCCGUCAUGUGAAAAAAUCAGCCUCGUCUUGCAUGAUACGGCUACCGAGGCUGUGGUGGAACCAUAUGGCGUAUUUUCCAAAACCAAUCAAUAUGUAAUGGAUGCGCAAGGCUUAGGCUUUUCCUUUUGAUGCCAGCUGCAAAAAUCAUUGCCGUAUUCAAUUGCUAGCCUUCUGCAAACGACCCAAUCAACAGGGUCAGAAAUAAAUGCCUCCAGGCCCUUUCUGCAAUACAAGCCCGUUAUUUUGCGCACGCGUACGCAAAUGCAAAUCCAGCAUACAGAAGUCGCCUUUUGAUGGUACAGCCUUUAUUAUUGGGUAACUAGGUGCUUUAAUAUGUUCGUGUGCGCACGGUGCCUCGCGAUAGCGGUGGUUUAAGGUUUUAGUUGAUCGUGUACCACUUCAGGGACGCCCUGUCCUUAGACUUCCGAGACCAGAAGUCGCCUUUUGAAUACGGGGCCGUGGGAGGAUUUUCAUUUUGAUAGUACUCUCCGGACGACGCGAACAUCUACAUCUAUCCGACAUGCGGAUACGAUUAUGCAACCGAUCACAGAGAGCGAACGUGCCAGUGCGAGUGGCAUUUCGUUUACCGACAGAGCUAUAAACAGGUCCAGAAAUAAUAUCACCAACGAUCCUCACAUGCUUGAAGCGCGAAACAAUGCAGAACAACAAAACGGGGGUCGCUUUUUUACAGCUGAUGAACGCCGCGAGCGGCAGAGACGGCGGCGUGAUGGCAAUCGCAGCGCAACACCAGUCCGGGGGCUCGUGCCGCAACCGCGUCCCCGCAACAGCAGUCCGGCUGGCGUCGCAACAGCAGUCCCGUCACCGCCGGUCGAGGCACAUCAUCUGUAUCAACCGAAAAUAUCGAUCUGUGUCUGGAAUAUAAUUAAAAGUUGUCAUGAUAUUGAGUAGCAUUUUUGGAUUGAUCUUCGGAUCUUCGCGACUGAGCGGAAAGUACUCAGCCAAGCAUGACGAUCGUUUGUUUCUACAGUGUGUAUUGCGCAUGGUACCUAUUAAAAUAAAGCAGCUUCCUAAUAAAGCAGAAAUUAGAAGUUAUAGCGCUAGUUAAUAGUGCUAUUAAUAAUUUCUACUUUCCGCAACAUGCACUACAGACACAGAGGAACUCAAGAGUUGUAUUUUCGGGCUUCAUGCCAGCACAAGUUCUUCUACUUCGACAAUCUAGUUUCAGACGCAGACCUAGUUCUUGCAAUGCAUAAGGUGCCACAACAGCAGACCAUGGGCGGUGCUUCCUCCUCGUCGUCCGGGGCCGCGUCCGCGCCACAACAGCAGACCAUGGGCGGUGCUUCCUCCUCGUCGUCCGGGGGAAAUGUGCCUCCCGCUGCUCAGACAAAUGGCCGACGCCGCAGAGCAAGGCUCGACCCCAAUGUGGAGGUUGUUGCUAUACCCGAUGAGAUGUCGACGCGACGUCGGUGCAUUCUUUUUCAAAAAGCGGCUGCGACAGCCGGAGUUGUCGCCGGAGGCGCUGGCUGCGUUGCUGGGAUGGCGUCCGGUUGUACCCCGGCGCACGCAGUAGUUUCUAUUGGCUCCGCUUGCUUUGGCGUAGCCUGCUGCGAUUGGCGAGAAAAGAAAAGCCAACAACUGCAGCGGCGCGUCCCGGUAGCGCACCACAGAGCGGAAGGCAGUGGUCUUCCGCGCCUUCCACCGGGGAUCGCUGUGGGGCACGAAACUACUGUGCAAAUGUUGGUGGGGGGGCAUGGUGCAGCGGCGCAAGGAUCCGCGCCGUCUGGAGCCACUUCUGCGGCCGCGCCUGGAGGUGCCCAACAUGAUCCACUAAGUAACCGUGCUGCCAUAAUGAUAGAAAUCCUCUUUUAAACCCUUUACUGGGUAACAUCAUCAUCAUCAACUUGAUGCUCUUUCAUAAAAUGGAUAAGCAAGCGUUGCCUAAAAUCAGCUUUACGUAGUAAAAGCAAAGCUAGAGUUUGCUCGUUUUUUUAUAUCUUUGACGAGAGUAGAAGAACAGAAGCAUGGCAUCACUGCAUGACGGUUGCUGUGAAAGUCUACCUCUAAGUCUUUAAUAUCCCAACACCAGGAGGCAUCAAAGCAAACAGAGCCAAGUAUUUUUUACGUUACGGCACAACUACACAACUUUUUUAGCCUUGUUGGCCCUAAUAUGUUGACAAAACUCUGUACUUCUAUUGCAACGCGAAAGGACGAAAAUGCACUAUUCCAUACAACAAUUUCUCUCCGAGAAAUAACAGAUUUCGCAUGCCAUCAUGAGUUCUCGAAAUAAAAAUGACAAACGACUUCUUUUCUGAAAAUUUCGCGAGCUGCGUACGUUUUUCUCUAUUUUAUUAAAUGUAUCUAUGUAUAAUGUGUGACUUAGCAUGCGAUGACAGCGCAUGCUACAAAACGGCACUACAAACAUCUUGAGAACAACAACUGUAAAAGCAAAAUCCUUUCGUUAUUUGUUCUCGACGAGCACACUGCAAGCAAAAAGGCAAGGACAAGGAAUUGUCUUUCUUUGUCUUGCACAGGGGUGGUGCGAGAGCUUAUUGCGAGGUUAAUGUUAUAGCCAGCUUCAUUUUUAAUAUAUAUGUUACGAAGGAAGUACAUGAAGAACUCCGACUUCUUUCGAGUUAUUUUAAGAACAGCUUAGUUCCUUGGUGCCAAUUGUCCAACUAAAACUAAAUGACACGACCACGAGGUGGGUUUAGACCACCUACUCGAGAAGUACUUUUUAGUUGUUCCCUGUUGCCAAGAAUUCUUGUCCAACUACAUGACACGACCACGAGGUCUACUCGAGUCGAGCCUGUAAUUGUAAACAACAAGCUAAACACGACAAAGUGAAUGUGGGUUUAUGGCGGUGAAAUGUAUGCUCACGAAAAAUUAUCAUUGAUUAUGUCAUGCGACACAGACAUACCACCACAGGAAACCAUAAGAAAAAGACGAGCUCUCAGCUCUGUCGCGUGGGUGUAUAGAGCAAAAAGUAAUUCGAAUAUCCAGCAGCGUGAGUGUGGAUUUAUCUUUAUGGUGGUGAAAUAACACCGAGAUCAUGCUUUCGGUUAGUUGCAGCCACACAUCCCGCCACCACAGGAAACUUACUGUGAAAAAAGGAAGAGCUCUCAACUCUGUUGUGUAGAGCAAAAGGCACUUUGAACAUCCAGCCCAACUAUGCGAGGACCGCAGGUCCGGAGACAGCACCCCAUGCGCUCUCUUUGAGGAUGUUCAAGAAUGAAAGGGAAUAAACAGAGCAAGCAUUUGAUCCAGAUAGAAUUUGAAGUUGAAGAAGUCG